AUCGGACGUGACUCAUUUCCCUUAACACAGGAAGAAGACGCGUUGACAUAGAGCUGCUGUUUGCGGUUGUUCAUACGUUAGCGUCCUGAUAUUAUUUUACAAAAAAAAAAAAUACAAAAAUAAAAGAAAGUAGAGUGUAAGUUGCAGUUUGACUAAACUAGCAUGCGAAAUCUAGCUUGCAAACUUAACGCUUUAUCUGUGAGAGCGCAGGCCAUGUAGAGUGUGAUGAUAGGCUGUAGCUGAAGGCUUUUAGCUUUCACUGUUCUUCCGCCACGCAUGGCACAAAUGUCUUAUUUUAAUCAUUGUUAAGGCUUAAAAUAAUCCAAACCGAAUCACGGAUCACUGUUCAUGUGAAUAAAGAGACCAUUAGCUGGAUUUAUUCAUUCGGAAAGCCAGUGACAAGCAAGUUAAAUCGCUUUAUUUCAAGUUAGCAUGAAAUAAAUACUAGGCAAAGGGACUGGAUGAAGUUUUUCGGCUCCACAUUAACACAUAGACAUUGCUGUGUUCGGUUCAUGAGGUGACACACAGAGUCCCUCAUUCAAUUAGGUCGAGACAAUGCUGCGAUUAGAGGACGUGGCUAAUGUGUUGCUCAGGGUGCCCAGUCUGUUAGUCCUGGAUUUGCUUUACAAAUGCGACAUCGAGAGCUUCACACAUCACAUCAGGGCGAGCAGCGAGGACAUGCUCUUCAAAUACAAAUACCUCCUCUGGAACAUUUACUACUUAGGUCACUUUGUGAGCACCGUGGUGCUGUUACUGCCUCUCGGUCACAUAGUUCAACUUUACCUGCAUGUCCUCACUGCGCUUCUGCUCUACAUGGGACAUCAGAUGUCCAGGGAAUAUGUUGUGGGUGAGAGUCAAUACAGGUAUGAUGGAACACUCUUCCUGCAUCCACCAGCCUUGACCCGUUUUGUGAGGGCACUUACAUGUCAGAUUAUUGUUGCCACUCUGUGUGCAUUCCUCAUGCGCACUCGCCGUGUAUGGCUGUUCUCAGCACACUUGCUCCCACUGUUUGGACGGGUGUGUUUAGUUUCUCAAAACAAUGCCCUGACACUCACUACUGUUUCCAUGGGGAUAACUGCAGCAGAGGUUGCCGUCUUCCUCCUCAUGAAUCUGUUUGUGCCAUAUAGAUUGGCCAGGGCCACUUAUCAGCAAAUAGCACAAAUAGAGGUGACUGAUUUGUACCGGCUGUUAGCAGUGGGCAUGUCUUUCUGGCAUCAUUUUGCUGUGCCUAUGUUAUUCAGUGCAUUCUGGUUUGUACUAUUUGGAGUUCAGCUUGUCUCCAAUGUUGGCAGCUCCUCUGCCAUCCAAGAGGGGCUGCUGCUCUACCUCCUCACCAGUGUGUCUGAGUGCUGUGCUAGUCCUUAUUCUCUACUGGGUUUGACAUUUGUGGUUUCUUAUUUGGCAUUGGGCCUCCUGAAUCUCUGCAAAUUCUGCCUGGGAGGAUUCACAGCACUGCAGAACCACAAUGUCAUGCACAGGGGUGUUACAGAAGGUGUGACUCUGUUGUUGUUGGCACUGCAGACUGGCUUGUUGGACUUGCCAGCAUUGCAGCGCUGCUUCCUCCUCUUUAUCAUACUCUUCAUCGUCCUCACUUCCACACUUCAGAGCAUGAGUGAGAUCACUGAGCCCAUCGUGCUAGGACUUGGGGCCAGUAGAAACAGGUGUGUGUGGAAGCAUGUGCGGGGCCUGAGCAUGUGUGUGUUCCUGCUGCUGUUUCCUGGCUUCAUGGCAUUUAAGAUAUCCCAGUUCUUCCACAUGGAUUUCUGGCUUCUCAUCCUGGUUUCCAGCUGUAUGCUUACAUCACUGCAGGUCACAGGGACCCUACUAAUCUACUGUCUGUUCAUGUUGGAGGUGUGGCGUGGUGCAGCCCUGCCCAGCCUCGAUGAGGUGGUGUAUUACGUGAACGCCAUGUGCAGGGCACUGGAGUUUGCUGUGGCACUGUGUGUGGUUGCGUACGGGGCAUGGGAGUCACUGUGGGGUGAGUGGAGCUGGAUAGGGGCAUCAGUUAUCAUCAUCCACUCCUACUGCAACGUGUGGCUACGUGCCCAGGCUGGAUGGAAGAGCUUCUUGCUUAGGCAGGAAGCUGCACGAAAGAUCAACUCGCUCCCACGGGCAAGUGCUGAACAGCUGCAGGAACACAGUGAUGUCUGUGCCAUAUGUUUCCAGGAUAUGACUUCUGCUGUGAUCACCUACUGUGGUCAUUUUUUCCAUGGAAACUGUCUUAGAAAGUGGCUAUAUGUUCAGGAAACUUGCCCUAUGUGUCACACUCCUAUCAAACCAUCCACAUCCAUCCCAACACCUGCUGCUGGUGAUGCCCAGCCAAACCCCGUACAGACCCAACCCCACCCACCACAGCAAGAGCCAGCUGCUGAAGGGGAGCAAGCUCCAGUGCAAGAUGAAUUCCAUUUACCAGAUAAGCAAUCUGUGUCUGAGGCACUAUCCAAAAGACAGGGUCUAUUAAACUGUGGUGCCAGUGGAGACUCUGCUGGUCCUAGCUGCUCAUUAGGAUCAGGUCCCUGCACCGAGAGGGACUGGGAAUCUGAGCAGAGGACUAACCAGCCCAGAGAGGCCAAUUCAGCUCUGGACUCAGACAGAGAACCAUGACUGUGCCACUCGGUCUUUCAGUGGUAUUUAUGGAGCCAAAAAAAAACAAGGAAAAUUGGAUCACUAGAACACAAUAGAGAGCCAGUAGGUCACUGCCUCUCUGAAAUCUGAGUAACAAAGACAACAACCCAGUUUUCUGGUGGAAUGAAGCUACUUCUAAUCCUCUCAAGCAUGUGUUGGUAUCUUCUUAUCACAGCACUUCUUCAGGCAAUACAAAAUGUCAUGUUUGUUAUGGCUACAAUUUUGUUGCAAAUGUUGUGAGGAUGAUUGUCCUUUAAAGAAGGGUAAAAAUGAAGUUGACAUUAUUUUUGCUGUCUCUUUUUAAAGCAAUGUAUAAUGACUGGAGAAUUGAGCUUAUCCUGCUUUCCUUAAAAAAAAUCAUUUGUCCUAUUUCAAUACAAAUCACAAAUCUUCUAUAUGUUGGGGUCAAAAAUGCAGGAAAUGUUAGAGAAAAGCUCUGUGUAGAGCACAUAAAUAUCAGACAGUUCAUCAAAGUUCUGUUUCACUCAGCCAUCCUUUUCACCAUGUCACUUUGUGCAAAGCAUCCUGAAAUCAAGUAUAUAUUUUUGUUUAUUAAAUAGUUGUUUAAUUAU